GUUCAAGAAGACACUCGGAAGCUUAAAGUUAAAAAUAUCAACGUGAAAGGCAACGUAGAAGUUGUGAAUAUUAGUGACCUCAAAACAGCGACUGAAAGAGCUGAUCUUGGGCUCAGAAAACAUGCUGAAAAUUAUUUAAAUACUGUAAACAGACAAGUGUUAACUAUUUCUUCUGCUGUUAAUAAAGAAGUACAUUCAAAAGAACCCCCUAAAUGGGGCCCUCAUUUUGGUGCUGCUCAGAGACAGCUUGUUUUACCACGAGUACCUGUUGAGCCAGUGACUGUCCAGGCAUGCAGCAAACCAGCACCACGCCUUUCUCAGAGUUCACAGCAGCAGGUGGAAAUGGAUAUGAAAGUGAUGCUUGAGCCAGAGAACACUGAUAAUAAAGCUGGUUUAAAACAACAGAACUCUGAGACCAGGCUGCCACUUAUAACUAGGAAAAAAUCUGCUCCUAUGUGUAGCCAGAAGAUGGUGAAAGGUCAUUCAGCUAGCAGCCCUUGGGGUUUGUCUGCCUCUCACUACAUGGAUUGUCCCUUACCCCUGUUAGAAGAUGAGGUAACAAAAGGUAUUGUGAGCUUGACUGAACAAAAGCUUAUCCCUCCAGCAGCAAAGAUAACUCUCCAGACUCCUCCUCUUGUAUCCAAAGCAGCACCUUUCCAUGAAUUUCAAAGGCAGCACAAGAAAUCACCUGUAGGAGAGAUCAGUAGUAUUGUGGGCCCUGAGAAUACAAAUGCUGUCACCUUCCCAACCUCAAAGGAAGCAAUUUAUAUCACACAUUCCUCUAGCAAAGGUAACACUGCACCACUUCCAUCCAGCAGCUCCAUGGUUUCAGCAAGGAAAUCAAAGCCAGCGUGGUCAUGUCCAGAUCAACAGUUGGAAUCUGAGCUGCAGAUUCCCUCCCAGACACAGCCCCUGCAAACGCCUCCACGUCAGGCCUUGCAUGAGCUGUGCUUUGAUGGCGACAUUGCUGUUUACCAUGGCACGAUAGACUGGAAAGCUCCAGGAUUUCUGGCGUUCAAGCAACAUUAUUGUGUCUCUUGGGGGAGCAUUGCCUGGUUUUUGGAACACACAGAAAAGCUUCUGAAGGACUACGCUGUACCCUUGGCUACCAUAAACUGCCAAAAGCUGGCGGAAGUCGCAUCAGACUUGAAGCUCACCAAGGAUCCCACCAAAAGCGACAUUCUGGCAGUGAUAAAGAAUCACUCGAGUGUGGAAAAGCUCUUGGAUGGACCAGGCCAAAGGGACAAAGGCCAGGGGGGUACCGAGGCGGCCGCCGCGAAGAUCCAGGCGAGGUGGCGAAGCCGUCGGGCCGGCAGGGCCCGUGCCAGGCAGCAGCAGUGGGCCUCAGGUGUGCUCGCCCGCUCCUGGCUCCUGCACGCCCGCAUGGCACGUGUCAGAAACACCCUGGAGGCAGCACGGCGGAGACACCUGGAGAAUUUCUACAGCAGGGCCAAGCAUCUGGCAGCCAACUGGAAUCGCAUCAGGACCUCCAGGAGGACUAUUAUCCAUAUCCCAUCAUUAGGAUAUUCCCAGUGCAUCCGUGAGCAUAUUCCUGAUCUUGCUCUCCAGCAGAACAUGCAGCUGGGAAGGCUGUGUGACAUACUGGAUGCCAACGUGGACGUCAUCUACAUCUGCCCCCUUCAUCUGAGUGAGGAGUUACUGCAGUAUUACAAUAAACUCCUGGGUCUGCAGGCAGCUGUUAGAUCUGGGAACCCUGAGGACAUGGGUGACCUGCAGGACAGGUUCAAAAUUCUCACCCCUGAAGCUAUAAACAGCUUCCCUAAGCAUCACAUGUGCCUGGCCACUCAGCUGAAGUACAGUCCCAAGACAAUCAAAAGAAUAAAAAGUCUUAUCCAGAGCAGAGAUGCCUACAUUAUUGGAGGGGUUCCCCACAAAGAUGAUUUAGCAGUGGCUGACAUGCUAAAUGUGCCUAUAUUAGGCUCGGUGCCAGAAGUGGCUCUUCUCUAUAGCUCCAAGUCAGGAGGCAAACGAAUUUUUGCUGGUGCUUGUGUGGCAACCCCUCCUGGAGAAUCUGACAUCUACAGCAAGGAGCAGAUGAUUGGUGUCCUCAGCCAGCUCAUCGUUGACAAUAUGGAAGUGCGGCGUUGGUUGUUUAAGCUGAAUGAUGGCUCUGGAGGAGAUGGCACAGCCUAUUGUGACGUUAUCUCACAUCUGAAAUGCUACCACUGGCUUCAAGAGGAGUGCCAGAGGCACAGCCCUGAGAUCUGGAGGGAGAAGUGGGCGCAUGAGCCAGCUUUGGUGAAGAUCUCCCAGGAGCUGCCGGGCCUUUUAGCACAGCACGUACAGCCAGUCAAUGAGAAACGAUUCCCUACAUGGGAAAAAUUCCUCCAAACAUUUGUGAGUCAAGGUGGUGUGAUAGAAGCCUUCCCACUCUCCGAAACCAUCACAAACCUGACGGUGGACAUGCUGAUAGAGCCAACAGGAGAGAUAAAAAUAGUGUCAUCUGGAGACCAGCUCCACGCCGACGGGCCGUUGCGAUCCUCUGGCACUACCAUUCCUCAACGUUCUGUGGAUCCAGCAGUUCUUAAUUCACUCUGCUUGAAAAUUGGAGAAACCUGUAAAUCUAAAGGAGUGCUUGGUUACUUCUCCAUUGAUUUUGUGACUUUUGUCCAUCCACAGACGCUGGAGCAGCAGGUGUGGGCAACAGACCUUGACCUUUGCUAUAGUGACCAGCUGGCCUUCACUCAGCUCAUGUUGUACCUGACAGAUGGAAAUCUGGAUUGUUGCUCUGGCUGCAUUGAAGUGUCCCUGGGCUCAAAGGAAAUGAGAAGCCAACAAAUUCAGCAUGAGGGGGCAGAAGCUUCUUCUCCACGGAGCAACCGGUGGGCAGUGGCAAGCAGUCAGCUGAGGCACUCCAGCCUCUCAGGAAUCUACUACAGUGUUCUCCUCCAGAUGUGUAAAGCUCAUGGUGUUGGAUUUGACCUCCAGGAAAAACAGGGAACAGUUUUUCUAUUGUAUGAAGAUGAGAAGUGCCAGAGACUGGGAAUGCUAACAAUCGGAGAGGAUCUCCAGGGGGUCCUCCUGACCUUUGCUCGCAAUCUCUUCAUCAUCCAUCAAGAAAUAUCACCACCUAAUAUGCAAGGCGAGACCAAUUUUAAGAUGGCAAUUCGAGAUAUCGAAGCAAUCCUAGGAAUGACAGCAGAAAACAAACUGAAAUUGGAAGAGCAGCAACUUUCAGGAGCAGAUGCUCUGCAAAAAUAG